AUGAGUUUUAAGGAAAUACUGGAGAAAAGGAGGAACUCCAAUGAGAUUGUGUACGAGGCCUAUGGAAAAAUUGAUCCAAAUUUGAAGCCAAAUAAACAGACAUCAAAGGCGAAAAAUGACGUCGACGAGAAUUCUGCGAAGAAUCUCCCCUUCUUUAUGAACAAGGCUAUGCAAAAUGGGAAGAAGUACGACUUCCUGAUGAACCUGAACGAACGAGACGAAGACGUCGAAUUCGUGGCGAAGGCGAUGAGGAUUUAUUUAAAUGUGAACGAGGCAAUCAGAGUUCGAAUGGCACUCUUGUACUGCACGGAGCAGUACACACUUUUUCGAAAUUAUUUGAUAGCCGUGAGGGAAAUAUUAAAGGGAGUUCUAGCUAUCAAAGUUACGAGAAAAGGAAAAAUAAAAAAAAAUAUAUUAAGAUUUAACCGUGGACAUAUAUCCAUCAUGGGCAGUUGGUCAAGAAAAAUAUUAAUGUAUGAUGAGAUAACACAAAUAAAUAUCGGCAGUAGCUGUACCCCCGAAUUGAGAUUGUUUGAGAAAAAAUAUAAAGACACUUCCAACAGACCCAACUAUGUUGUGCUGAGGACUCUUUACAGGGAUUACAGUUUUUUGUUCAUAACGGAUGAAAAAAUAUUAGUGAAAGUUAAGAAUGAGUCCCCACUUGUAAAGUUAAGAAAUCUGCUAAAAAGUCCAAAUGGUCAUUUUGGAGACGACCAUUUGGAUUUAAAUAAUUCCCUUAUGAGGGAAAGGAAGAAUAACACCAUUUCGACAACUGCGGAAAACUAUGAAGACAUCAAGACGAAGCAACAGGAGGAGAACUACGACGGGGCAGGAGAUAGAAAGAACAGUCACAUGUUAGAUAAGGACAAACUGCACGACAUGAAUAAUGUGAGCCAAGGAUUUAAGUACUUUUUUUUGACUGUCCUUCGGAGCAUCAAAUUGAGGAGUGUUGACAUGUACAGUGAAGAAAUCAAUGCGAUAAUUAAAAAAAAUAAUAUGAUUUUUUUUGAUAAGUACGAUUUUAAAAAUGCGAAAAUUAAUUGUUUUUUCCUUUUCUGUCAAAUACAGUUUGAUAUUUGUGGACCAGAAAUCUGGUUCACCUCCAAAUUUGACGAGAUACUCUUCACGCACAUGAACUAG